GUGUGUGCGUGAGGUGAAGUCUGAGUGUGUAUGUGUGUGUGUGCGUGAGGUGAAGUCUGAUGCCGUGUGUGUGUCUCUCUCCUAUCUACAGGGCUCUGUGUGUGACGAGGCUGUGCAGAGUCGCACACGGCGCUUUAGUGGCUCCAUCUCUCACGGUCCUUCAGACUACAGUGGUUUUCUGGGCUCCAACUCUCGGGCCUCGUCCAGGGCCAGCUCUGCCCGUGCCAGCCCGGUGGUGGAGGAGAGAUCAGACAGGGACUUCCUGGAAAAGGGUUCCAGGACUGCCUCUACCCUCUCAGCAGCCACUCUAGCAUCGCUGGGAGGGCCCUCCUCUCGCAGAGGCAGCUGUGACACCUCUAUCUCAGUAGAGACAGAGGCCUCCAUUCGAGAGAUAAAGGACUCCCUGGUGGAGUCUGAGGAGAAGUACCGUAAGGCCAUGGUGUCCAACGCCCAGCUACACAACGAGAAGUCCAACCUCAUGUACCAGGUGGACACGCUGAAGGACUCGCUCAUUGAGCUGGAGGAGCAGCUGUACGAGUCUAAACGAGAGUACAACGACAAGGCCAAGGAGUUUGAGAGGGAGAGGCACGCCCACAGUGUUCUGCAGCGCCAGUUUAACGAGAUGAGAGAGACGCUGAAACAGAGUGAAGAACUGUUAACCGAGGUGGGCCAGCUGCGUCUCAAACAGGCCAGCUGUGUUAGGGAGAUCUCCGAUCUGCAGGAGACCCUCGGAUGGAAGGAGAAAAAGAUUGGGGCCUUAGAGAGACAGAGGGAAUUCUCAGACGCCGGCGUGCGGGAUGAGUGGGAUAAGCUCAGGGAUCAGGUGGUCCACCUCAAAGACACUCUGAAGAAACAUGGGAUAGUGCUGUCACCUGACGUAACCACCAAUGGGGAUGCAGGACAGAUGAUUGACGGGCCUCGCAGUGCAGACUCUACCUCCCGAUUGGCUCAGGAGUCCCAGCCAUCCCAUGGUGGGGAGAGCAUGCUUGAAGUCAGACUGAGGAAAAUAGUUGAUGAGAGGGAGAGUUUAGCUGAUCAGGUGAAGAGGCUGAAGUCUCAGCUGGAGGGGAAACAGAGGAACGGGACAGAGGGUUUGAGUCCUGAGGAGGACGGACUUGAGAACGGCAUGGACCCCCACAUCCUCGACUUACAGAGGGAUGCCAACCGGCAAAUCAGUGACCUCAAGUUUAAACUGGUGAAAUCAGAACAGGAAGUCACAGCCCUGGAACAGAAUAUCAUCCGGUUGGAGGGUCAGGUGACUCGUUACAAGUCGGCCUCUGAGAGCGCAGAGAAAGUAGAGGACGAGCUCAAAGUGGAGAAACGCAAGCUACAGAGAGAGCUGAGGUCUGCCCUGGACAGGAUCGAUGAGCUGGAGGCCAGUAACAGCCACCUGGCCAAGCGCCUGGAGAAGAUGAAGGCUAAUCGGAGCGCCCUGUUGGCCCAGCAGUGAUGUACUUAUUGGUUGUCAUGGCAAUUUGCAUCCAUGACCUCCCUAUGACCUUUGAUCUAUCAGGCACUCUAUUAAAACACACCCAGACAAUUCAAACCAAGCGAGGACUUGCUGGAGCAAAAGCUUCAAUGAAACAUAUCCACACAUAUUGUAAUCACAGAUUCAUUCAGUGUUGUGCCCAUCUGUACAGUAUAUCCAGUGAUUCACCAAGAGACACAGAGGGAACGUGUUACUGACCCUGGGAACACUCCUCACUGACUGUGACCGAGGCAGGACUUCUCAACUAACUGGUGAAGGGGGAAUAUUCUGCACAAACGAACAGCAAAGAGGACCUAUCUCCUCCUAUAGCUCUUAAGAGGACCUAUCCUCCUCCAAUAGCUCUUCAGAUGACCUAUCCUCCUAUAGCUCUUACGUCGCCCUGUGCCAUGAUUACCCCUAAAGCAUUUCUUCCCAAUCAUUCAUCUCUCUCUGUAACACAUGGCACUAUCUCUCUGUGCUACUUGGGCUCCAUGUCUCUGCUCCAGUAAGUUUAUCCAUCCACGGAGAGGAAGAAAGACUCAAAAGGAGUGUGUUUCAUGUAUAUUAUUUUAUUGUCAAUAUAUUUUGAAGUGAAAAUGCAAUCUGCUCCCUCCUGUCCCCCAAGCCAAACUCUGAUGUUAAUGUGUACGGUGAUGUUUAUUUUGAUGUGUGUAUGUCUCCAUAGGUAUAUGUCAAGUACAUGGAAAUACACGGGGCACAACAUUAAUUACGCAAUAAGGCCCGAGGAGGUGUGGUAUAUGGCCAACAUACCACGGCGAAGAGCUAUUUGUUGGUCAUAUAUCACAAACCCCGAGGUGCCUUAUUGCUAUUAUUAACGGGUUACCAAUGUAAUUAGAGCAGUAAAAAUACAUGUUUUGUCAUAACUGUGAUAUACAACGGCUGUCAGCCAAUCAGCUUUCAGGGCUCGAACCAACCAGUUUAUAAUCAGGAUUGUCCUUUACAUCUCAUUGUUUGUGCCACAUGAUGAACAGUAUAAUGGUACUUGAGGAGAAAUAUCACCAGGUCUUAACGUCUGAAAUACUAUGUCCUCCCUUGAGCAAUUUAAACGACUCAUUGGGGAACGACAACUCGAACUCAGUUGAAUAAUGUACUUCUACUGCAACAGUUUUGGAACCAUUCAAAUCGUCUGUCGCAGUAACACUUGCUGUAAAUGUUCGACAAUCUGACAAACCAGAUCUCAUGCAGAUAAAACAAAACAUCAGUUAUAUUCUGACAUAAAGGGAAUUGUUCCCUUAUUAUCCUGCUCCUCAGUCUGAAGCAU